AUGUGAAUCCUCUCACUCUGCAUUUUAAGGUGAUCAACUAUUCCAUCAUCUCUACCUAGUUCCUAAUUCUAAAGCAGUGUUCCCAAAAGUUCUUUUAACCCUACUUAGAAUCCCUCAUCUAUAUAUUAUCCUUUCUUUUUUUUUCCCAUUCUAGAAUGGAUUCAAUUCGGGCUGAAAAGCUUAGAGCCAUGAACAGCUACAAGAAGAUCAACCAGUUCCUAUACAAUCUCAUUCUUCAUUCUCUCAUAUCGUUAUCGUGUAGUUUACUGUUUUCCUACCCUUACUGGUUUCCCUCUCUGCGCUGUACAAUGAAGCAUUUUCUGUCUGCCUCUCUCCCAAAUAUUUCUGCUGUCUUCACCAACCCCAAGUGCUUGUUCGUAGUAGUCAAUGUCAUAGUUGUCUUCCUCGUGGGAGAAUCAAAGCUUGUCGCCUCAAACUCAUCCCCGGUCGGUGACCUUUACGAUGAAUAUAUUGAGAGGAGUCAGAAUCUCAGGGGACAGAAGUACUCCACUUUUCAAGAAAUUAGGGAAGUGGAGAAGAAUUCUGAAACUCAAGAUCAUGGGUAUAAUAAUAUUAUUAACCACGCAUCUCUCAGGGAAGAGGAAUCCAAUCGUCCAGAUGAAAAAGAAGAGAAGAAACUGGAGAUGAAUUUGAUUGAGGACAGUAGUAGUAGUACUACGACUAGGAUUGAAGGGAAAGAAGUGAUCAAAGAAAAAGAAAAAGAAAAAGAAAAAGAAGUUGUUAAAGCCGAAGAAGAAAAAGAAGUUAAUGUUAAAGCAGAAGAUGAUGUUGAACUAGAUGAAGAGGAAGAGACUGGAUUGCCUGCUGAGGAGCUAAACAGAAGAGCAGACGAGUUUAUUGCCAGGGUCAACAGACAGAUGUGGAUUGAAGCGAUUUAAGUUUUAGAAAAUUAAAUAUGUUCUUCCUUAUGGAAGUAGAUCACAAAAUGCAAAGAAAAGGGCAUACAUAUAUAUAUGCUCAUGUACUACUACUGCAUGCAUGGCUGACGGAGAUCAUACUAAUCAAUAUUUUCAAUUAAUUCAUGAUGAUCAAUGUUCGCUAGCCUAUAAAUUAUGAAAGCAAUCUCUUUAAUUAGCAAAGGAAAGAAAGAUUUG